UAACAGGACGGUAUACUCAUCUGCGGACAGCGAUGCUUCUCCAACCGAAUCUCACCCGAGUCGUCCUCAUCACCGAUUCCACUCGGUGUCGGUUUCGAGGAGUUCAGCCAAGGUUCCUCAUGCGUGUGACUACAACCAGCGUAUUUGAGUUAACAUCGAGAAAAGGUCACUGAAAGUGGAUAAAUAGGGCUUUAUACAGGACAAAGAGGCUGUCGUUAAGAUGCGGCGCUAACUUUGUGGAGGUUCAAGCAGAGAAAGCGGGGUCUUGUGUUCGAACAGCUGAAGAUUGUUUUAAUCAUGCCUGUGCGGAGAGGUCAUGUCGCUCCUCAAAAUACGUUUCUUGGAAUAAUAAUUCGGAAAUUCGAGGGACAGAAUAAGAAGUUCAUCAUUGCCAAUGCCCGAGUGCAGAACUGUGCAAUUAUUUACUGUAACGAUGGGUUCUGUGAGAUGACGGGAUUCUCGCGACCGGACGUCAUGCAGAAAUCUUGUACAUGUGACUUCCUGCAUGGGGAGCAAACCACGAGACAUGCAAUCGCCCAGGUGGCCCAGGCUCUCCUGGGGUCAGAAGAACGGAAGGUGACGAUCACGUACCACCGCAAGGAUGGGUCUGACUUCCUGUGCGACACUCACAUCAUCCCGGUGAAGAAUGAAGAAGGAGUUGUGAUGAUGUUCAUCUUGAACUUCGAUUACGUUCUAGACGAAGAAAGCAACGACUCUCUAGAGGGAUUGAACGUGACCCCACCAGCCAAAUCAGAAAUCAGGAAAGGAAGAUUCUUGAGUUUCCGUCUGCGAGCCUUGAAGCUCUUAGGUGCCAGCAAGCAGUCUCUACCGCAGGACGAUCCAGACAUGGUCAUGGUGGACUCACCCAGGGCAAGCGAUGACUCUUCGGCCGUGACGCCCACCAAGGGCACUUGCAGUCCAGCAGAGGCCAACGACAUACAGGCGCUCAUCAGCUCCAGUCAUCUCUCGUCUCCGGUCAGUGUGGCGGUACCCCUGGAUCACUCGUCCCCCAAACACACCUGGGACUUGCCCAAUCCCUCUCAAGACCAGUGCACCACCUGUCUCGCUCAGGCCAUCUCCAGAGACAGUGUGUGCAGCAGAAGACGAGCCUCUUCGGUUCAUGACAUCGAAGGGCUUAGUUCGAACUCCAAACGUCUGUUUAGGGACAGGAACACAAGUGAAGGACCGUUCAACCAUCUGAAGUCCAGUCUGCUGGGAUCAACGUCAGACUCCAAUCUAAACAAAUACAGCACCAUCAACAAAAUACCUCUCAUCGCACUCAACUUCUCUGAGGCCAACGAUAAGAAAGCGCCUUCCUCCCCAUCCUCAGAGAAAACCAUCAUCGCACCAAAGGUCAAAGACAGGACACAUAAUGUCACAGAAAAGGUCACACAGGUGUUGUCGCUGGGCGCAGACGUGUUACCAGAGUACAAGCUCCAAGCCACACGUAUGGACAAGUUCACCAUUCUGCACUACAGCCCUUUUAAAGCAGUCUGGGACUGGCUUAUCCUGCUGCUGGUCAUCUAUACGGCCAUUUUAACCCCUUAUUCUGCUGCCUUCCUGCUGCAUGACAGCGAGGAACAGAAACGACGCAAGUGUGGAUAUUCCUGCAGCCCUCUUAACAUUGUGGACUUAAUAGUGGACAUCAUGUUCAUCAUUGACAUCCUCAUAAACUUUCGCACAACGUAUGUGAACUUGAACGAGGAGGUGGUGAGCCAUCCGGGGAAGAUUGCUAUACAUUAUUUCAAAGGCUGGUUCCUUAUAGACAUGGUGGCAGCGAUACCCUUUGACCUGCUCAUAUUUGGAUCAGGAUCAGAUGAAACAACCACUCUAAUUGGCCUGUUGAAGACAGCCCGACUUUUGCGAUUGGUUCGUGUUGCCAGGAAGCUGGACCGAUACUCUGAAUAUGGUGCAGCAGUUCUGAUGCUCCUGAUGUGUAUAUUUGCUCUAAUUGCCCAUUGGCUCGCCUGCAUUUGGUAUGCCAUUGGAAAUGUCGAGAAACAGUACCUGGAACAUAAGAUUGGCUGGCUUGAUAAUCUCGGGGUGUCCAUUGGGAAGAGAUACAACUACAGUGACCCGGCCUCUGGUCCGUCCAUAAAGGAUAAAUAUGUGACUGCCCUGUACUUCACAUUCAGCUCUCUGACCAGCGUGGGGUUUGGGAACGUCUCCCCGAACACCAACUCAGAAAAGAUCUUCUCCAUAUGUGUCAUGCUGAUUGGAUCACUGAUGUAUGCCAGUAUUUUCGGAAAUGUUUCUGCGAUCAUACAGCGACUGUAUUCUGGUACGGCACGCUACCACACGCAGAUGCUCCGCGUCAGAGAGUUCAUCCGUUUCCACCAGAUCCCAAAUCCACUCAGACAGAGACUGGAGGAGUAUUUCCAACACUCAUGGACCUACACCAAUGGAAUCGACAUGAACAUGGAGGUCUUAAAAGGGUUUCCUGAGUGUUUACAGGCAGAUAUUUGUCUCCACCUAAACAGCAGUCUGCUAGAAGGAUGUAAGGCUUUCAAAGGUGCUACUAAAGGCUGUCUCCGUGCUCUCGCUAUGCGCUUCAAAACCACCCAUGUGCCCCCUGGAGACACCCUUGUGCACUGCGGGGAUGUGCUCACCGCGCUCUACUUCUUGUCUCUGGGUUCCAUUGAAAUACUGAAGGAGAAUAUUGUGGUGGCCAUUCUGGGUAAGAAUGACAUCUUUGGAGAGAUGAUCCACCUGUACGCUAAGCCUGGUAAAUCUAACGCUGAUGUGCGAGCGCUGAGCUACUGUGACCUGCACACGAUCCAGAGAGAGGAACUUCUAGAAGUCCUGGAUAUGUAUCCAGAGUUCGCAGAUUAUUUCCUCACCAAUCUGGAGCUGACCUUUAACCUGCGGGAUGAAAACGCAAAGAACACAUAUUCACAAGCCAGUGACUCAGAUGGAGAAGAUACCAAGAGCAGACGGAAGAUUUCCUUUAAACGUAAACCAUCCAAAGGGGGAAGCUUCAAGGAAACAGACAGCGAGUCCCAGAAAGAGCGCAGAGAAUCACGACUGAGCUCCAAGAGAAGCUCUGAGGACCGCCGCACCUCCAGAGAGGAACAGCAGAGGCUUCUGGGAGCAGGGAUAAUGGAGUAUCCAUCAGUACAGAGUUACACCAGUACAGCUACACCAGCCUGCAGUCCUCCUGCUGAAUAUAUGGAGAGAAAGCCAUAUGAUGAUGAGAAAAACAGCAUUUACCUGCCUUUGGAGACUGGACAGCUCAUGCUCCAUUUCACAGAUAUCCACACUGACGGAUGGUUAGCUGUCAGAACCAAACAGGAAAUGGGCAUGACUACUAAGGAACAGGGUGGGGCAGAAGAGGAGGAUCUGGACUGUGACAUCACAUAUGGAGAGGUGGAGCACAGACUAGACCAACUGCAGGAACACCUGAGCAGGUUAGAGUCUCAGAUGACAUCAGACAUUCAGAGUAUUCUUCAGCUGCUGCAGAGACAGUCAUGUUUAGGACCUCCAGCAUACAGCACCCUCACAACCGCUCCAGAACAUAAGAGGCCAGCCAUCAGAGUUCAGCCUGUAGCUUCUGUUCCCACCAACCAAUCACACUGCAGGACCGCACAGGAUACUGAAUUUUUGGAAAUUGCAAACAUCCAUUCCAAAUUCAGAGACUCUCUGUCGGGUCUGGCCCUCAUGAACUCUAAACCAAGCCAUGCAACUCUAUCCAGACAGGACUCACAUACACAUACAGUGCCCACAUACAGUCUCAUAAACAGCCAGACGCUUCCUCUCGCACGACAGCAUUCCAAAUCCCUGCUUCCAAUUCACCACACUUCCACCCCAGACACGCCGCUCAACAGUGUUGCAUCAGGAACUGUAGACCUCCACAGACCUCUGUCAGAUCCUGGACUCCUAAAGGAACAGUGCUGAUUCUUGUCUGCAAUAGAUAUCAGAACGGGAGAGUUGAGGAGAAAGCACCAAACAUUGCAAAGCAGGCAUUGGCCAAAACUUUGAUUAAUGCUAAUGCGAUUAAAGAUUCUUCACUGGCAUCCUCUGUGAUGUCAUUUCCUCAUCCUACAGUGUGAGGAAGAUUUGACCAACCUAUCUGGAAUGGACCCCUGGACCACACACUUCCAUUUUCAGGAAGUUCAUCACUGAAAGACUCCACACAGUUCCUCUGUGUGCUCUGCCCACCUUUACAAUGAUCCAAGCCUCAGGGUAUUGUUUGGGGUUAAUAUAUCACACACACAUUGUCUGGUAGACUCACUUCCCUGUUUUAUUAUUAUCAUUGCAAAUGAUAACAAUGCCAUUUUACGCUUCCAUUUGCAGAAAUCUUUGGAAUCCACUGUGGACAUCAUAAGUCUGAAACCACAAGUGAAAAUGCAUCUCUUUUGCAUUAUUAUUUUAAUUUUACACAAAAUGUUCCAUUACAAAUCUUAUUGACAAUGCAUUUGGUACAUCCCCAUUUGCUUUAAUGACAGCAUGCACUCGAGCUGGAGUGAACAAAACCUGAUGGUUAUGUUCAAGGGCGUAGAUUUAGCUUGAAGGUCGGGGGGUUGCAGCGUGAAGCAUUUUACCCAUGUUUCCCCCCGGAAUCUACGCCCCUGCUCAUGUUAUCCAGCAUGAUUUGAGAAUGUUCCAAAAACAAACUGCCAUGUAAAUACAUUAUAUCCCUCUGUUAAAGUCCCUGCCCUAGCCAAGAGAUGCAUGACUGAAGGUUAUACUAGUUGCAUGUUUACUGCAACAUAUUGGAAAGCAGGUGUAGUGUUGGCAUGCUCCAGAAUCAUAAAUCACUGAAAAUGCACUCUUCUAUAAUUGACUGUUUAUUUGCACAUAGUCAUGCUAGCUUGAAUCAAACUCUGCACGGCAUAAAACUAUUACAUUUAUCAAAUUCUUUGCAAGCACUGGUGUACGGGAUGCCCCUGAAGCCGCCACUGGAUUUUGAGCCAAUUAAAUUUUGGACAGAUUCAACAGAUUUGUGGUCCGCCACCAUUUGCAAGGUGCAUUUUAGUAUGUAGCUAUUGAGGCAACAAAAUCACUUUGUUUUCCAAAUAUAUAAAUUAGAAAAGCUUCUGUCUCAAAACAUGCUAGCAAUAAUAAUACACUGGAUCCACACACUCUUACGUUUCUUGUCAAACACAACUCUACAGGGUUGAUUUGCUGAUUUGUUGCAACUAUUGUAAUAUGUAUUAUAAAAGUUAUUAUUUAACUUUAGUAUAUACCCUAAAAUAUUUAUUUUUAUUAAUUGAUUCCAGUAAACUGGAAGAUUUUUAUGUGCAAUAAACAUUUUAAAAUGACUCAUUCAAUUUCUAUGAAUAUUUUGCAGUUUGCAUUGAAACAGCCAGAUACGGUCUUGAUUGGAGGCAUUUUAUUUAUUUUUAUUUUUAUAUGUCACUGUAAAAUACUAUAUUUUGGAUUACGAGCAAAUAAUUAUUGCACAGCCCCAUGUAGUACUAAAAAGUCAGAGAAAUGCAUAAUCAGAUUAAAUGUGUUUCUUUGUUCAUUGUGACUUUGAUUGUGAUUUUUUUUUUUUUAUUCAUUUCUGCAUAAAGGGAAAUUACCUGCACUUUAUUUAAAAACAAAAGACUCCAAACCAUUAUACUACAUGUAACCUUGUGUGCGCAUGAAUGUAUGCAUGUGUGUGUCUUUAUUUACUGAUUUAAUUUUGUGUGUGUUCGUUUGUUGGGCUUCAUAAGUAUCAUAUACUGGAGAGUAACAGAGACAGCUUUUUAACUAGGAUAGACAUUAAAAAAUGUUAAUAACACUGCAAAACUUUGCACGUUACCUCCAAACAGGUAGAACAUGUUCACUUUUUAUUCCAGUGAUUGGAUUGGAGUUUAUAUUAGUUUGCACUGUAUAGUUUGUACACCACAAUACUCUACAGGUGUUUUGAAUGUGUCUUCUAUUUAAAGAUUUAUUAUUAUUAUAUGCAUAUAUAUUUAAUGCAUUUGCUUUAGGAAUUACUUUUGACUAAUUGUAUAAAUAAAUACAUAAAUAA